UACGAGAGAAGAAGCGUCACUGCAGUGACGUCACCAUCGUGUUGUGGAGAAGGCUGGAGGAAGAUGGCGGGGUCCAAGGUGAAGCAGGACAUGCCUCCUCCGGGAGGCUAUUCUUCGUUUGAUUAUAAGAGAAAUCUACCGAAACGAGGACUCUCGGGAUAUAGCAUGUUCGGCAUUGGCAUUGGCAUCAUGGUGUUUGGUUACUGGAGGCUUUUUAGGUGGAACAGAGAGAGAAGGCGCUUGCAGAUUGAGGAGAUGGAAGCCAGGAUAGCUCUGAUGCCCUUGCUGCAGGCAGAGCAAGACCGAAGGGCCUUACGGAUGCUGAGGGAAAAUUUAGAGGAGGAGGCGAUUGUCAUGAAAGACGUUCCAGGUUGGAAGGUCGGAGAGAGCGUCUUCCACACAGACCGCUGGGUCGCCCCUCUAUCAGAGGAGCUGUUCAACCUCCGGCCCCGUGAAGAGCUUUUGCACAAGCGUUUCGGCUUCUUGUGGUACGUUUAAGCACCGAGUUAAGUCCUGAGCUCCACCACCUUCUACAGCCAGUACCACGUGGACUUGAGCCCUCGCUCAAUUCAGCUUGUAAAUGUUAAAUAUUAAAAUUCUUUUUUUCCCCCCCAUGUACCUCA